AUGGUCUGUGCGCAAAGCUACAUGAGCGCAGGGUUCAUGGCUAUUUUUUACCCGGUGCGGUUCCUCAGGCUUCACGUUGUGCACUCUGGAGUUAACUGGUACAUUCAAGCCAACAAUCUGCAGUCUCCCAGCUUUACUUUCCUCGAUGCCAUCUACUUUAUUGCUAUGAACUCACUUGAUCCAAACGACUCCAUACCGCAAAACACCUUUUCAAUUGUUAUCUCCAUGGCCAUUGUUGCCCUAAUUGCCUUCGCCGUGCCCUCGCGGGUAACCAGACUGGUUGAUUUAGCGCUCAAGACAUCAGCAUACAACAAGUUUGUAGCGCUUCCAAAGGCCUCACGUCACGCUGUGGAUCCGGCAUACGCCAACCGUGUGUUCUAUGUCAAAGGCCGCGCUACCAGCUUCAGCACGCUCAAAAAAGCACGAGUCGAUCUGGCCACGUGCAUCUACAUUCUGGCGCGCAAGCACAGCCAUGGGUCUGGCAUUGAAGAAGACGCCGAGACCGUAUUGAUUGCACUAGCUCUGAGCGCCUUUGGAAUAUCGGGCAAUCAAGUGCGCCGGAUUGAUGGGCGGCUGGUGACUUCGCCGCGCAAGUUUCAGGUGUUUGCACAGACCCUCCUUCCGGGUAGCAUAUCUCAUUUGGCGUACUUGCAGACCACCCGUAUAAUGUGCGUCGACGAGAUGCGCAUGGGAAUAAUGGCGCAGAACUGUGCUACGCCCGGGUUCGCCGCUCUGGCAUAUAUGCUGUCGACAUCAGUGGCCAAUCAUUCGGACUGGGACUAUACAGGAGUCCUGAACGAAACAAUUGCCAAAUCAGCAGCGCCGUACGAUUACAUAUUGGAAAAGUAUGAUAUGCUUUUUGCCAUUUCGACCGACGUCCAAUCGUAUUGA